AUGGCGUCGACCGUAUCAUUGGAAUGCCAACUACCGGUGGCGCCCACGCUGCCGACGUCAAUGGGCUUGAUGUCGACUGACCCGAUGCUUUGUGAUUCCACACCGACUCCGUCUCCAAUGCGAUGGUUUCCAUCACGCAAACUGCGUGCCCCCAAUCUCCCAGGUGCACUUAGUGGGUCGCAAGAUGGUUGUUUUCCGAUAUCUGCUCAAUCGACUUCCUGUCCUCUUGACACGAACGAUUUAGGGCACAAGACGUGCCAAGAUGAGACGAAGUCGGCUGGCUGCUCUUCUGCUGAGCAUUGGGAUGUUCAGGAUAUGGGUGUGAACCACUACCGAGAUGUCAUUGACUCAGAUUGGCUCAUCGCUGGCACAGCGACGACGCCUACGCCACCGGACGGCGGAGAUCUUUGGCGACGUAUGAGCAGCAAACCAUCAGAUUUCAUGCCGGAUUUCGGAACAGAGCUCUUCUUGUUCAACGACACGAACUUGGGCGAAGAGCAGCUGGCGUGCGCUGACUUCCCACCACUACCUGAGCUCUACGCCCUCGAGAACCCUGCUAAAACGUCAGACCGUAAGAGCAAGGCAGAUCAGGCAAAGGGAGACAAGAAGUUCGCUUGCAAUCAAUGUGAGAGCAGGUUCUGUCGACCCAGUCACUUGCAGCGUCACAGACAGUCGAAGCACACUCGUAAAAAACCCUACCACUGCUCGGACUGCAGCAAAUGGUUUUCUCGUAAAGACAAUCUAGUACAGCAUCGGAGGUCACACUGCAAGCGGACUCAACCUCGCAAACGUGAUCCAUGUAUGUCUAUGAAUGGUGGAGCUGCUGGCAUACUGAUCAUGCCAAGGCCGGAACCAUGGCUACUCACAUGCCCCAUCCAUGAUGCAUUGUGUUGCGCCACAAUUCUCUACAGGAGAACUUUUUCCGUCUUCCAACGAUCUGUGGCUAAUUACAGUUUCCGCUUCGUCCAAACCACCUUGGCGAUGGAGCUAACGACGUAUGGACUAUGUUCAUCCUGGUGCAGGAGUGACUGUUGUCCGCGCGCAGCUCGGCACAGGUUGCAGCAUUGUCACCCUUUAUCGCGAUACCCAGGCCCUCUCUUCGGUCGAUUGACGCAGUGGUACGACGUCUGUCAUGCAUACGUGGGCGACAAAUAUAUCAACUACUAUCAGCUACAUCAGGAACAUGGAACUAUCGUUCGAUUUUCGCCCAAUUCACUUUCGAUCAACGAUCCAGCGGCUCUGAAAGCGAUUUACGCCCGCGGGUCCAACCUGACGCGCACCAACCUCAGAAGCGCAGGAUCGUGGGGCGGAACUCAAGGUCCAGAUCGAGGAACAUCGAGCCCACCUCGCACGCCUAGAGAACGAAAUGCAGACCCUGUGGCAACAGCAAGAUUAGCUCAUGCGCUAACUGGGGCAGUAGCGGGUUGA